CAUCGUGUGGUGGUGGUGGUGGUGUGCUCGGCCGAGGCGAGGGUGUGGACUGUGUACCAUGUAGAGUCGGUGCAUGGCAACCCGUGGUCUCGCACCUCCGCCUCAACUCUCACUCGCGCUCAGAAAACUUGCCCACUGAACGAAAAUCAUUGGAUACCAUUGUUGACGUGUUUCCGGGAGUUUGCGAAACAGUUUUUGACGAAGAAAGAAUUGUGAAAAUGGAGGAUUUGACGCCGUACGCUGACGAAUUCACAUAGAACGUUUGUUGGCUUUGAGAUCAUGACGUAUACGCAUUCAUAGUUAUUUGUCAGUGAUGGGGACUCUUACUGUUGGUUGGGAAUGAGAGCUAUGCUUCUUCAGAGUGCGUGUGAAGUGUUCGUGCUUAUAUCAGGGCCGUUUUCACAACGGCCGUCUCCCGAUGGCGUCCAAAGUCUUGGAGUAUACUACUUAACAUCACUAGAAGGCGGCCACAAUGUACGGGGCUGUGGGCGCGAGCAUCAGCGUCCGGGAACAGCGUAAGAAGUCCAUUACCAUCAAGACAACCCGACCUCUGUUUCCAACGAAGGCGGUGGCGGCACACCCGAGGAGACUGGGCGAUGCUUGAUGGGUAAAAAUAAAACCUUUCAGCGAGAGUGCCUUAAAACGGGCGCUGGGUUCCACCGCCCCCACCACCUGCCUCUACCACUCUGCCCUUCCGUCUAAAAAGCACCCAUAUUGUCGUCUGAAUCCCUCUUAAUCUCCUGUGCCUCCCUCUCUGUUACGAUCCCCAUCCCUCCUCAUGGAAUGAGUCAUGCCAGAGAAACCUGAGCUCACCACAAAAAGUGGAAACGACUCGGUUCCUGUAGCACCUUCGGUGUGGGCUCUGCAGGCGCUCUUGCACAUUGCCUUAGUCAAGGAACUCUUUUCUUGGUCCUAAAGAACUCUUGAGAUCCUUCGAUGCCAUUUCAAAUAGAGUAACUCCCUUUGCAAUGUCAGAAGUUCUCAUACAAAUACAGUAGUCCAGCUGCUAACAGAUGUUAAAAAUAAGUGAGGUGAUGAGCCAAGCAAUUCGUUGAACGAAAUUUAAGAUAAAGUGGAGAAGGGCGCGAAAGACAAACGGAAGCGUUAGGGCGUUCAGUCUGCUUGUAACUGUCUAGUCGAAGCUCUGUCUCUGUCUGCAACGGGGGCCCAGCCAGCAUGCAGGCCGCCCUCCUCGUCCGCAACAAACGAUCCAAAAGAAGGGGGACACUAAGACCCACUUCCCUCGCCAACCUCCCAUCCCAUGUGGCCACUAAGAACAUCUUGCCGUUCCCAAGAUUCAACCCACGUAAGUUACCAAACGGGAAAAGUGCCUGGGGCAAAUCGGUUGCAGAGAAACAGAAGGCCUCCGAGAGUCACAAGCGAUGGGUCAACAAGAACAAGGUCCAAGGUGAUGACGUGGUGCCUUAUAGUCAUGACGGAGAUGAAGAUGAUGAUGAUGAUGAUGAUGAUGAUGAGGGAGAAUUUGUUGAAGACAUCUAUGCGGUAUCUCACAGUUACAGUGAUUAUACUGAUGACAGCCAAGCAGAAUCAGAGAGUGAUGACAGUAAUGACUCUGACGGCGAAGAGGAGGAACCAAUUGCAGACGCCGGUGCGGAUGCCCCUCUUGGAAAGAACCCGGAUGGACGCUACCGCCAGACGGGUGUCGUUAACAUCGUUCUGUACGUCGGCUUUGGUCUUGUCACUUUAGGAUUGAUCAUCACCUUCGUUGGAAUAGGGGAACAUGGCUUCAAAUCUCCCGAACUGCAACUCAUAGGACCCAGCCUUAUCGGUUGUGGAGUCUUGUUUUGUUUAUUGAGAUUGUUCUUCUGUUCAGUACCUGCGUGCUGCAAUUUGUGUCGCAGAAAUAAACAACUAGAUGAAAAGGCACUCCUAUCCCCGUCUCGUGAAACCUUAGCAGAUGACUCAGCCGAGGACCAAACUAUCCCACAACCUCUGGUACCUGAAGAGGACAAAGAACCAGAAGAAAAUGAAGAAAAUGCGGCAGCCAAGUCAGCACAAACAAUAAGGUCAACCAUCCCGAACUACAUUGAUGAUGGUGAUGAUGACCACAGCCUUGGUCUUCAUGUUGAGUACAUCGAUGAAGGCAGCAAACAAAGCAUGGGAGGAUCUAGACCGGCCUCUUCUCAAAGCAAAAUGUCAUUG